AUGACAGAAACCUCCUCUCUUCUAAAGACGUAUUCCAUACCUAGUUCAUACUCGGUCACCGCCAUCCCUGCCUCGGUCUCUCCUAUACCAAAUGGCCAGCUCUCUCCUCCUAUCAUCCCUGACGAAGAGGAGUACACUAUAAAAUGUAUCUGUGGCUACAAUGAUGACGAUGGGAAUACUGUCUUCUGCGAAAAAUGUGAUACGUGGCAGCACAUCGUGUGUUACUAUCGCGACAAGAAGGUGCCCGAAGUCCAUCUCUGUACCGAUUGUGCGCCAAAGGAUACAUUCCCUGACAUCAGUGUUGAGAGAGCAAGAGAGAAGCAAAGGCGAGCCAGGGAGGUACUUGAAGGUGGUGGUGACCGAAGAGCAAAGAGGCCGGCUUCGAAGAGUCAAAAGAAGAAACAUCGAGAUACACUUACAGGCCAGGACUUACCAAAUGGUUGGCUAAACUAUGAACGUCAAGAUUCUUCAGUGAACGGAAAAGAUCACCCGCCGCCACCGAAGAAACCAAAGACAUCGCACCGAGCCACCGGUUCUGUUGCUUCGAUCAACGGUGAGACCAGGAAACGAGCAUACUCGAAUUACACACCGGAGUUCUUGGAUCUCUAUACUCAUGAUGAAGGCGAUAUUUCUGCUGAGGGCAACGAAUUGACCAUUCAGGGCGUUGCCGCCAUAACGGCAUGGAAGAAGGAACCCUCUUUGGUAGCAAAUUCUUCCGAAAAUGCGCAGAAUGAUAAGAUCUUGUUUGCAAGGGCUGAAGGUGAUUGGCACGUCGACCAGUGGCCUUCUGUGUCCGUUGAAACGAUUCAGGGAAAAGAUGAAGUCGACACAAAGACUCCAAUAUGGAAACUGAUCCGCCUGCAAUCUGAUGUGCGCAAGGGAACAAUUAUAGGCGAAAUUUGUGGUCAGGUCGGCACGCUCGAGGAAUACUGCCAGCAACUCAACGGUCCCAACCGCUGGAAGGAGCUAUCUCACCCUGACCCCUUCGUGUUCUUCCACCCUCACAGGGACGUCUAUAUUGACAGCAGACGAUCUGGCACCACCUUCCGCUAUAUUCGCCGAUCAUGCGAUCCCAAUGUCACUAUGCGCUCCUACAUAACGGCUGAUGGCGAGGUGCAUCAUUGCUUUGUUGCCAAGGAUGAUCUUCCAGCUGGCACAGAGCUCACAGCGAGUUGGUAUUUGAACCCACAAUUGUUUGUCAACGAUGCCUCUCGUGAUGACAAAGAACAACUUUUCCAAGAACGCUGUGACUAUAUUAGUCGGGUCCUGGCAAAUUUUGGCGACUGUCAUUGUGGCUUGUCUCGAUGUCGACUAGAUGGCUUUGACCGAAGAAUUGUCCCGAAGUUGUUGGAGCCGCCUAAAACAACAGUUGUUCGCAAAAGAAAACUGAAAACUAAGCAUACUGUCUCACCCACAAGUAACGGACAGCCGACUACAAGUAGAGCUGGUAGUGAGACUAUAAGAGCGCCGGAAGAGGACGAUGAUCACAGGUCAUCUUCAGGUUCCUCAGGCAAUGGCAUUCGCAGUCGAGAUCUCACCCCCCAAGGAGGUGCCUUGCUUGACGAACCUCCUGUGCUUGGAGCUGGCUUGACCCAAAGGGAGAUACGGAAAAUACAAGCAUUAGAGAAAGCCCAGAAAGAGCAAUCACAGAAAAGCGAGAAGAAAACAAAGAAGCGUCCUAGCGGGCCCCUCAACAUGCACACACCCAACUCUGCAUCUAGGUCCAAUAUGGAUCUCAAAAGAUACUCUGGAUCACCUCCGCCGUCCCAUGUACUCAAUAACAGCAGCAGAUCGACACCUGUCAAGCAACUCUCAAAACCAGUGCGGCCUGUUUAUGUAUCUACCGCUGUCCAGACCGACCCUGAACCAUGUGAUCCCGACAUGCCACAGUUGAAGAGGAGGAAGUUUUGCACUCCCACCCAGAAACUGCUCAAAAAGCUUCUGCAGCAUCGAACACAGCAUCACGCAGCACAAGUUCCUGUUCGUCAGGAUGUGAGUGAGGUGGAGCAGUCUCCCGAUAUCGAGAUGAAAGACGCUACCACUAGUGUCUCGCCGUCGCCUACUGCAACAAAAUCGGCUCCUACCUCGCCACUGCUCGAGUCGGGAAGAGCCCUUCCAGUACCAUUACCGUCACAAGCGGCGCAUACUCACAAGGUACAUACAGUUUUCAAGCCUCCUGCUCCACGAUUGAACUUGUCGACCCUGCCUCCGGUCCCUACCUUUCCGAGCACCUCGACUAGUGCAUUAAGUGUCGCGACACCAUCUCCAUCGUUAGCGCAGUCGCCAAACUCAUUAGGCCUUAACUCAUCGAACUUUUUCGCAGGCAAUCUUGUCAACCCUAGUCCAGCUAAGAAGAAACUAAGCCUUAGUGACUACAAGAGUAGGAAAAAAGAGUCGGCCACACCUGUCCCUGAGAAGUCAACGCAAUCGUUGCAUGCUUCUUCGGACAGUCAGAAUGAGGCCGAGAUAGACAUGGAGAGAUCGGCAGAGUCGUCGGAUGUAGUUGCUGCAGCUAUAGCGCCUGAGAAUGAACAAGCUGUUGAGGACAUCCCAAUGACGGAUGCUGACUCGGUUGCGAAAAGGGACAUCAAUCAGGACGAAAAGCAACGGUCGUUAUCGAGUGGCGUGCAGAACAUACUAUCUUCGCUACAAGAGAUGCAGAAAAGGCAGAGUUUAUAA